CCGUCCCUGGAGGGGCUAGCAGAUCAGAGGUUCAACUCCGACCCUAAACAGCAGGUGUCUGAGGUCGACAGGCGAGGGGACGGCUCUCCGCCAGCACACGGGGACAGCUUGAGCCGCCUUGCUUCCGCAGUUCCAGGUGAGCGGUCCGGCUCGCACAGGGGCGUGGCAGGGGGCGUGUUCUGCAUUCGCCCCGCCCCUCAGCCGGGCCCUGCCGCGCCGCUGCGGCUCCGCCCUCCUCCUUCCGUCACCGCUUCUUCCGUCGGUGGUUUCUUCCUUCCUGCUUCGCCCGCAUCUUUCGCGAUAUGGGGGAGAGCGUUCUUUUCGGCAGCACCACCUGAGGAUUUUCUGGAGCCGCCCCUCGCGAUGGAAGAGGAUCAGGAGCUGGAGAGGAAAGCCAUAGAAGAAUUGCUAAAGGAGGCAAAGCGUGGGAAAACCAGAGCAGAGACCAUGGGACCAAUGGGCUGGAUGAAGUGUCCUCUUGCUGGUACAAAUAAAAGAUUCCUAAUUAACACAAUUAAGAACACCUUGCCCUCCCAUAAAGAGCAAGAGCAUGAACAAAAAGAGGGCAGCAAGGAACCUAGCCAGAGCCAAGACCAGAAAGAAACAAACUCAAAGAAGCACAGAAGCCGCUCGUCUAAGCGCAGCCUGCACUCAGCCCGAGGCUCGCCCCCGAGGAAACGGGCCUCCAGGGACAAGGGUGACCACCGAACCAGCAGGCGAUGAGCGAGCUGCAGGGCCAGCCCAGUACUGUGCCUGCCACCAGGUGCAGUGAGGACAGGGAGGUGACAGGGCUCUGACACCUGAGAAUGACUUUGCAGUGGGCCCUUUGCUUUAAGAUGUCGUUAUUGUUAAAAGAAAAAAAAAAAAAAAAACCCUUUUACUAAAACAAACCCUUGUCCUGAAGGUGUCAUGGAAGACGACUUAGCAUUGCUAGGCACAUACAUGUUGUUUUAUCCUGUCUUGUUUGCAAGUUAGUUUCAAAACAAACAGUUCUAGAAUUUGAAAUUUUCAGGUUGUUAAAAACUAGUCCCAGUUUUUUGAUGUACUGCACUUUUUGUGGUCAUUUCCCAGAAUUUCUCAAAAUAAAAUACUUAAGAAA